AUGUUCAUGCUGCUGCGGAGGAAGCCGGGCAUGACCAUCACAGCGAUAAUUGGAAUAGGAUUAAGUUACGAGCCCAGACCCAGCGCCCGUAGACUCCCCGCGAGGCGCGUGCCGCAAAACUCCGCGCGAAGCGCGGAGUUUUGCACAAGCGCCUCGCCGCCUCCCCAUAGGUUUAUGUUGUUCGUUUUUUAGUCAUAACUUCGAA